AUGUUAUUAAAUGCUGAUCAUCUAAAGCAACAAUCCAAGCAAUCAUUCGGCUACACUAAACUAACACCAACCCAAGAUGAUAAAUUUACCGAAGGCAACUCAACAUUCUAUCUAUCCCAGUUAGAUUAUAAAUAUCAAUCAGAUACUCCAGCCGCACACAACCCACAACCCAAUCUAACGAUCAUCCAACGCCUAUUAUGCUACUCCCCUGGACUCACUACUACUUUCACUAUCUGUUCGUUCUUGUUAUGUUUUGCUACUUUCUAUGGCAUUAUUACGAUUAGUUCUCUUCUUAUUGAAGGUCAAAGUAGUCCUUAUGAUCAGUAUUCAAAACCUCUACUUGCAAUCUUGGUGUUUAUAGCUUUGGUUCUAUCUCUAGUAAUUCUGAGCUACUACUGGUUCAAAAAGCAGUGCACUCUAUACAGGUACAAGAACUACGAAAGUCAACCCCGUCGCAAUCACAAACUCUUCUUAGUAAUAGGAGGUGCAGUUAUUACUUUAAGUCUUAUCCUGGCUGCUCUAUUAUAUGCAGCUGGUCGUUUUUGGCUAAGUCAGAACUAUGCUACCAGUGGUUUAUAUCUUGACCUUCUAUUUAUGGCCGGUCUAUUUAAUCUAGUUGCCCUGGGUAGUUACUGGAUAUGCCGACGCCAAGUACCCAAAGAACUUACAACUACUCAGUAUAAGUCUUACAAAACCAAACUCCAUGUCAUCUUUACUCUGCUAGUCUUCCUCUCGCUUGGAGUUACAAUUCUUAUCGCCGCCAACUAUAUCACUCAGUACCAACGAACAAAUGUCCCAAUCACUGAUUAUGAAACUAUCGGUUAUCUCUACCAUUUAUUCUUCUAUGUCCUUGGCUCUAUCAAAACCACUCCCUAA